AACCAUCACUAUCAUAAGAGAAUGACAAGAACAACAAAAUCAAAAACAAAAUCAAAAACAAAAACAAAAUCAGAAAUCAGAAACCCUAGGCGCACCAACAACAAGUCUCCGUUUUCUCUCUCUGGUAAUGAAAUGAUGAGUUUCGGAUUAUUCUCAUCGUCGUCAUCGUCAUCAUCGUCGUCAUCAAGUUUGUCGCCGUUGGCUGUUCCGUUCACGGUGGAACGAUCUAAUAAGUUCAAUUUGGGUACAAACUUUGACUCUCAUUUCAAUUUUAAUGCUAAAUCUGAUGGAUUAGGGUUUUGGUCUAGUUCCCCCAAUUUACAGUCUAUAGCUACUUCACAAGGUUUAUCGGCCGAUUCGAUAAGAACUGCCACCGUUCCGGUUACUUAUUCUUCAUUUCCAAACCCUAACCCGGUUACUAUCACUGCACCAAGCACUCAUAGUCGGAAUUCUAGUCCUGCUGUUAAUUUGACUGCUGUUGGUCCUAAUCAACAUGCAUUUGAUGCAUCAUUUACUACUUUUUCGAGCGCUUUUAGUGCAUCCAGUGGUCAUAAUCGGUCUUCGGUUUCUGCUGUGAAUGUGUCUGCUAUUGGCCUGAAUCACCGUGUAAUUGACGCGUCUUUUUCGAGUGGUUUCGAUGCACCUAAUGCGCAUAAUUGGUCUCCGGUUUCUGCUGUGAAUGUGUCUGCUAUUGGUACGAAUCAGCGUGUAAUUGAUGCGUCUUUUUCGAGUGGUUUUGAUGCACCAAACGCACAAAAUUGGUCUUCUAUGAACUCUAGUGUUAAGUCGGGGUUAGAACAUGUGGAUCCGCCUGGUGGCCAUGUGUUUGGUGUAAAAAGUAAUACGCAGUCUCAGAAGUGGUCGUUAGGUAAUGAUGGUAGUGAUAGUGGGGCUCCGAUGAUGCCGCUUGAUUACGUUUUGUUGCCUAGUAGGAGUUUUGUUCAGGAUUAUGGAUCUUCUCAAGUUGGUUAUAGCCAAAGCUUGUCUGGAUCGAUGUAUAGUGGGCCAGCGGAUGGAUCACGAGGAAAAGAAGAUUCUUCUUCGUUUGGACCAGUGUUCGGCCGUCCUGUUCAAAGGGAAAACAACGUUGGACCUUCGAUAAUCGGGGCAUCACUUGGUACAUCAUCUCCUGCAACAGGUCAUGGGCUUGUUUCUAGUGGUUUUUCAAAUGAACAUACAUUUACAUGGAAUGACUAUGCACCAAAUUAUUCAUUCGAGACAAGAUCAGUCUUCUAUGAUUCUUCAACUGACCACCUAUCGCCAUUGACGACCAAAAGUCAGGAUAUCAGCAGUACGUCACCUUUUAACAAAAAUAAUCUUUCGGUCAGUCCUAAACCCUUGAAAGAAAACGAGUCAUAUCCGGCAGUUGGUUUCGAGUACAAAUCAAGUUUUAGUACUCAAGUUCCUGAUAUAAAUAGCACUGAAGAAGUAAACUCUGCUGAACAUGUAUCGGAGCAUUUAGAUCAUCAUAAUCCCGGUGAAGAUUCUCCAUGCUGGAAAGGAGCUCCGACUCGCUUUUCAUCAAGCGGUUCUCAAGAAGAGGAGUCAUCUCAGCAUCCUAUGAAGAAACUACAAAGUAACAGUGCCAGUGGCGAGGAAGUUCUGUUACAUAUGGACCAAAGCUUGCAUGCAACGGUUGAAAAUGUUGCUAAUGUUAUAACAUCUGAAAGUUUAGACGUGAAUACGGUCGUUAAAGCGUUGAAUGACCUCUCAGAAUUGCUUUUACGCCUAUACUCAAAGGAUGAAUGUAGACUGAAGGAACAAGAUCACAAGGCUCUUGAUCAUGUCAUUGCUAAUCUAAAUGUUUGUAUGUCUAGUAAAACUCAACAAGUGGAUCCUGCACAAAAAUGUUCACUGCCUCAGCAAAUUCCUUUAAACGAGCUUCGCGAGGAACGGAACAAUGAUCAGUAUGGUAAGAAUAAUGAGGAACAACAGAGUGCUUACGUAAGGGAUGAAAGUCUACCAAAAGAUUAUAGCACGGUCCAGAAAAUAAAGAGGGUCCUUGAUGAGAAUUUAGAGUUCAAGGAGGAUUUACCAUCCGACCCUCUACUAUACAAGAAUUUGUGGCUUGAAGCUGAAGCAGAACUGUGCGUCUCUAGUUAUAAAGCUCGCUUACAUCGUGCAAAGAGAGAGAUGGAUAAAGCGAAAACAUUAGUCCCAGAUGCACCUGAAGUUGCUCCCGACAUAAAGAAAAUCCCAAGUUCCAAUUUCACUCCAACCGCUCCCAGAAUGAUACAUGAAGCUGCUGGCAGAAAGACAUUGAACACGCAAGCACCUAAUAUUUCUUUGCCUGUUGUUGAUGAUAUUGAUGAUGUCGAUAAUUCAGUCAUGGCCCGUUUCAAUAUCCUGAAACGACGUGAAGAAUCAAAUCCGGUUAAUAUGGCAGAAAAAGAACCUGCAGAUGUUGAAAGUUCUGGUAAUAAAAGUCAAAGUUCUGGGGUGGCUGAGGAACCCCGUUUGAAGCAUCUCCUUGAUACAGAUGAAGCAGUAGCGAUGCAUUCUCAUGGUUACCAAAAGAUGCAAGGACCUUUUGUCACAGAGGAUGUUGACCAUGCAGUGAUGGCUAGAUUGAAUAUUUUGAAAUCACGAGGCGAGCGGGAACCUGAUGACGCUCAAGUUUCAGAAGAGGGAGUGGGGACAAGCAUAAUGCAGAAUCACUUUGGGUCAUUGAGCGCCUACAAUGCAUCAUCAUUUGGUUGGGAAUACGUGAUGAAAUGAUGAUCAAGGUAAGGAAUGGAGUAUAUUUGUGAUAUAUGUACAUAUGUGGUGUUGAAUCAAAGGUUAUAUGAAGUUAACUUGGAUUGUUUGUGUAAAUGCAUACUUGAUGUGGGGGUAUUGAAUCUUUUAAUCAUUCAUCAGGCUUUUGAUCA